AUGAAGGGAUUGUUAACAAAGAAAUGGAAGGUAAGCUGCGAGCCGGUGGACAACAUCGACCACUGUAGUGUUGUUUCUUCACAAUCCUUAGUGCAGAAAAAACCUGACCCUAGAGCAUUUACUAAAUCGUGCACAGUUGGGUCCAGGAUGUUUACCAAAGCUUUAUGUAACUUAGGAUCAAGUAUUAAUAUGAUGCCACUUGAUAUCUACAAGAAUCUUAGAUUAGGGGAACCUACCCCCACAAUGAUGCGUCUUCUGAUGGCAGACAGAUCAGCGAAGCGACCAGUUGGUAUAUUGUAUGAUGUGCCAGUAAAAGUGGAUGACUUUAUUCUGCCUGUAGAUUUUGUGAUACUGGAUUAUGAUGUUGAUUUUGAGGCACCCACCAUUUUGGGUAUACCACUAUUAGCCACAAGAAGAGUAUUAGUUGAUAUGGAGCUCAAUAAGCCAAAGUUUAGGUAUGGAAAAAGGGAGCCCAGAUUCAAAAUGCAUCCUUCUAUAAAGCAGUUGGAGGAGAUGAAUAUCUUCUCAGUUGUGGAUGUAUUCCAGAAAAAUUAA